UACACACUGCUUACAAGACUGGGGCUGCCACAAAAAAAAUUGAGUUGAAGAUUUUUUACCUUCUUCUCUUUCUCUCAUGGCUAGGCGCUAAGUGUCUACUUAUGUACCUGUACUAUAUCUUAUUCUUCGCCAUGAUUUUGUUGGCAGCUUUUCCUCGGCUGCUAUCUUCUAAAAUUUGUAUUCUUAUAUUAUUUGAGAUUUUCCUUCUUUGUCUUCUAGAUUACGAGCCUUUCAGAAUAUCGAGCUUCAAUCCACCACAACCACCACCGUACUUCGAAGCACGGCAAUUUCAGACAGUACUAAAAAACAAAACGGAGACUCCGGCACCGAAAAGCUACUGCGAUUCAUUCGGGGAUUCUUCCGGGAUUCUGGUGGUGCUAAAAACUGGCGCAAAUGAAAUUUUCGAUAAGCUUCCAACCCAACUAUUAACCAUGCUCCGGUGCGUCGACGAUCUCCUUCUUUUUUCUGAUCUGGAACAACAUCUGGGCUCUCAUCACAUCCAUGACGUUCUGAAGAACGUUGCCGAAGAAGUCAAGGCAAACAACCCCGAUUUCGACUACUAUCGAACUCUCCAAGAGUACAAGAAGAAUGGCGAAGACAUUAGAAAAAUUAAAGAGCACACCCACGAGGCGGGUUGGAAUUUGGACAAGUACAAAUUCAUUAGAAUGCUGGAAGAAACAUGGAAAAUGAAGCCAGGUAAAAAGUGGUAUGUUUUCAUUGAAGCGGACACAUAUCUCGUGUGGACCAAUUUGUUGCUAUGGCUGGACCGUCUCAAAUCGACCGAGCUUCUCUACUUUGGAUCCCCGGCAUAUUAUGAUGAAAUUUCAUUCUCACAUGGGGGGAGUGGUUACAUUUUAUCUGGAGCGGCGCUCUCAAAAUUUUCGGAGAACAAUACAGAAUUAGUUGCACGUUAUGACUCCGUUGCACAGAUGGAGACGUAUGGAGAUUUUAUUCUUACGAAAGCUUUGAUGGAGCAAGGUAUCGAAUUUACUCAUAAAUGGCCGUUGCUUCAAGGAGAGAAACCGUCCACGAUACCAUUUGGUCCAGGGCCGGAUUCUGGAACCAGGCACUGGUGUCAGCCAAUUAUUACCAUGCACCACGUCAACCCAGAAGAAACUAACAGUAUUUGGCUUUACGAAUCAGAAAGACCGGAUGUUCAGGUCAUUACCCCUAUGUUUCUGCUCUCAUUGAAAAUCCUAACUCAUUCACUAGAAACCUCUGUUAAUCGGGGAUCUAUAUCGGAAUCUUACAAAGCCAUAUAUGAUAGGAGAGCGGGAGGACUGGUAUAACCUCUCCGACGACGUUAUCCUCAACCACCCGGAAGUAGAAGGAUCAACAAAAACCCCCGAAGAAAUGUCCGAGGUGGAAAAAGAAGCUCAUCUCUCAUACGAGAAUUGCAGGAAGGCUUGCGACGAGGAUCCUAGGUGUUUUCAACAUGUACACUUCGAACAAACUUGCGGGUUGUCUUAUUCUUAUAGAUUGGGUGAAAGGCGUCCACCGCAAUCUGGCGUUGUGUAUAAAUCUGGGUGGAAUAUAGGAAAGAUUGAGAAGGACCAGGCGGAGAAUCCUUGUGUUUACCCUAAUUGGAUGUAGAUCUUAACUACAUGAACUGUAUAUAUUUUAAGAGAAAUGCCAUGUAUAUAUUGAC